AUGAGGGUAACCCCUGUCUUCGCGGUGCUGUGCGCUUUGGCGUCUGCCAGCCCUACUCCUACUGUGAAGGAGUCACCCGCUGGAGCGAACCUGCAGAAACGAGCCACCAUCUCGGAAGUGGCAACGCUGGGAUAUGCCACCCAGAACGGAGGAACAACAGGAGGCAGCGGCGGCACCGUGACCACCGUCUCGACCCUGGCUCAAUUCACCGAGGCAGUCGACGAGAAAGACGCCACUGCCAAGAUUGUCGUCGUCUCGGGGACACUCUCCGGAGACGUCAACGUCCGCAUUGGUAGCAACAAGUCGGUCAUCGGUCUCAAGGGUGCUACUUUCGAUGGUGUCGGCUUGUACAUCCGUCGCCAGAGCAAUGUCAUUGUUCGAAACAUCAUCUCCAAGAACGUCAAAGCGUCGACUGGGGAUGGUAUCAAGAUUGACGAGAGCUUGAAUGUGUGGAUCGACCACUGCGAGUUGUACUCGGAGCUGAUCGCUGACAAGGACUACUAUGAUGGACUCAUUGAUGCUUCUCAUGCCGCCGACUGGUUGACCAUCUCCUACACCUACUUCCACGACCACUGGAAGACAUCCCUCGUCGGCCACAGCGAGAACAACGGUGAUGAAGACACCGGCCAUCUUCGCAUCACCUAUGCCAACAACUACUGGAAGGACUGCGGCUCACGUGGCCCCUCUUUGCGAUUUGGUACCGGACAUGUGUACAACUCAUACUAUCUCAACAUGGACUCGGCCAUCAAUACCCGCCAAAACGCACAAAUUCUGGUUCAGAGCAAUGCGUUCAGCAACGUCACCUCGCCUAUAAUGACCAAGGACUCGGACAUCGUUGGAUAUGCUGUCGCUAUCGACAAUGAUCUCGGCGGCGCUACCAACACGGCUCCCGUUGGUACCAUCACUGCCAGCGACAUCCCUUACACGUUCUCGCUUCUUGGGUCCUCCCAGGUUGCAGCUACUGUCCCUGGCCAAGCUGGUGCCAUUUUGAGCUUCUAAGCGACAAGUACAUGCAUGCGGGUUGGUUUUGCG